AUGACUGCUUCGGCUGUCGUGCGCAUUGCAAUCUUUUGUCGCUUUUUGUUUCGGGACGGACAGGCUGUGCGCCGCCUAACGCUCCGUACGUGGAGUACACCGACGAGCGCGGACAGUUACUGGACACCCUCCCGGUGUGCCAAGAUUUUAAUCGACAAGGAUGUACGAGACCUACCUGCAGAUUCGUUCAUAUUCGUGAAGGGUGCGGGCUGCAGGUGGUGGGGUGCCGCGUGGUGGUGUGCCGCGACGCCGCCGCUGGCACGUGCCGCCGCGCCGCCUGCCGCUACUACCACAUCCCCGUGCAGCUGCCGCCCGCGCUGCGCCCCCCCUAACCCCCACACCCCACACUCACCCCCGCACCCACCCUCACCCCCCACACCCACGCCCACUCCUAUGCCCACUCCCACGCCCGCGCCCCUCGUUAACCAUAUCGUUCGCGCCUCUGACACACUCGGGAAAGACAGAGGUGAUAUGCGGAUAGAGGCCGAGGCCGCCGCCGCGUCGCCGCGGCGCGCUCUUCGAGGCAUGAACGCCUGUUGCCUAAUUAUUAUUCCUAGUCCAUAUCCUUUUGUUGAUCAGUCAUGCGAU